GCAGCACAGGCGCAAACCCAAACCUUGCUGUGCUCACACGCAGGGUUAGCUGAGGGUGGAGGGAAAGGGAGGAACAAGGCUGCAUUGUCGGUCUUCAGGCGUAGUGUGUACUGGUGGUCUGUUAGCGCUGCAUCUACACACACCAUGCAGCACGUAACGCCAGUGUCUGACAUGGAUGUUUCUGGCGCGGAACAAGACAUCGGCUCGAUCGUUGCCAACAGCAGCAGCAAGGGGAAUGCGGCUGCUGGUGCUGCCGAGCUGGGUUACCAGGGCUGGGCCGCACGGCAUCUGGUCCUGGCCUUCCAUCGAAUGUUCGUGGAACAGAGCGAACGGGCGCAGUCGGGCGAUACCGAGGACCUCGUGUCCGAAUCCCUCGAGCACCGCGGCGUGAUCUUCUGGUGCCUCACGCACAUCAACUCAAACUCGGACGUCGCAUCCGCCGCGCCUACCGAGGCUGACCGUCGAGACGAGGACGUCUUCCACGACGGGCUGACAGACUUCUACCACGUCUGGACCCUCGCGGAGGCCUUCCUGCUCGACUCCGUCCCGCUGCCGGCAGCGCCCUUGCUCCGCUGGCUCAAGAUGUACAGCCUGUCGGGCGAGGACGAGGCGGCGCGAUCGGAGUUGGACGAGACCGAGCGGGUGGCACUUGAGGCCGCCGCCGCCGGGGGCUCGGCCGACCCGAACCCGGCCUAUUGGGACGCUCUCCGCUCACUCGUGGUGGGCGUGGCGCCGAGGCGGGCGGCGGACUUGCUGCGGAGCCACCCGGAGGGCCGCGACAACGCGAGCGAGGUCGGCGCCCUGGCCCGCCAGCUGGAGAAGAUGCCGUUGCUGCUUCGCGAGGGCGGGGGCGGCGCCGGUGACGACGGCGUUGACGACCGCGGAGCCGAGGCACACCUGGACCGGGAGGGUUUCUUCGAGACGUGGACGCGCUGGCAGAAGGGCUGCAAGGCGGCGGCGGGGAGGUUUGGUGUUGUGGUGGGUGUUGGUGACGACCGUGCAGGAGGGGACGUCGGCCCCGAGAGGCGGCAGCUGCGCUGGCUGUGGGGUGCGCUGUGCGGCGAGAGGGGCUGCUUGGUCGAAGCCACGAACACGUGGUCGGGUUUUUUCGCCGCCGUCUUGGCGUACGAGAGGCCGGACACGCGGAAGGAGGAGGUGGCGUCGGUGAUGAGGGAGUGUACGAGGGUGUACAGCGAACACCAGGAGGAAGCGUUUCUGACAAAGGUAAUCAGGGACGCCUCAGCCGGCGCCGUGGACUCGAUCCUCAAGUUCGCCCGCGACCACGGAGACACGCUCGCGCUCUCCGUCUGCGCCACCCACCUGGUCGACGUGCUAUCGAGGGCCAAGCUCACGGCGGUCACGUACCAGCAGCGCUUGUGGUUCUUCCGGCGGCUCGCCGAACGCCUCAGGGCCUCCCCCUGCGGCGGCUGGGAGCUCGCGGCGACGUACCUAAGCGGAGGGAGCGGCCGCGACGGCGGCGGCGGCGGCGGCGACGACGAUGACGAGGCCGGGCUGCUCCGAGAGCUCGUGCUCGGGGUCGUGCCGCAGUCGGAGAGAGCGACCCACGAGGUCGUGGAGUGGUGCCGCGCUCGAGGCCUGGGGGAGGAGGUGGAGGCGGCCGUGUGCCGCGCGAGGGGGGCCACGUGGAUAGGAAAGACAGGGUUGUCGGCGGUGGCGAUGGGCACGGCCGCGGCGGCGGCGGAGGGGGAAACGAGCAGCGACAGCGCACACGUACCCGGGGCGUGCGGGAAGGCGGCGUACUGGCUGGCGAAGAGCGGCGGGUGGGUCCAGCUCGAGAGGCUCUGCGCGGAGGUUUCGGAGCGGCUGAUGGUGGAGGUCGCUUCGGGGGUCGGCAGCGCUGCCGACGUUCAGGCUCAGCAGGUCGUUCUCGCUGAAGCGGACGGCGUUCUCGCCGCGGUCCCUCCGGGCGUGAACGGGCCGGAGCUUUCUUUCCUGGGACGCUACAAAGAAAUCGCGGAGCUUCUCUCGGCCGAGGCGGUGGCGCAACCACCACCCCCGCAUGCCUCGGGCAUCGGGAGUAGCUCGCCGGCCGCGGCGGGUCCCGGGGCCCGCCUGGCCGGCGCCCUCGCGGUGGACAUGCUUGCCCCCCGUGGCAGCUGCGACGGCGAUGCCACGGUCGCCGGAGGUAGCGAGGCCCUUUCGACCCCGACGCCACCGCCCAGGACGUGGGCCCACCUGCUAAGGCUGUCCGUCCCCGCGCUCAUAGCGGCGACUGACGCUGCUGCUGCUGCUGCUGCUGCUGCUGCUGCUGCUGCGGGGGGGUCGGCAGCGGGCGCUGACAAGGGAGAAGAAGCAUCCGCUGGUGUGACCGUGGCGCAGGUGCACGCCCUGCUGGCCAAGCUGCAGGCCCUAGUGGCGAGCGAGCACCGCGUGGGGAGCGUGCGCGGGGUGUGGAACCGUUCCAGAGGGGGUCCUGGCUGUGGUGGCGGCACCUUGGCUACUGCGCCCGCGCCGUACGGGUUUUGCAGCGGUGGUGGGAGCGGUGUGGAGCAAGUGUCGGAGAUUCGCCGGGCCCUGGCCGGCUGUUUGGGCGCCGCCAUGAUGGCUCAGAAUGCGGCGGAGGCUGCGCCUGAGGCUGUCGGGAGUGGCAGGCGGCGGGGUGGUCGGGGCGACUUUACGUUGUUGGGAACUAGGAGAUUACCCGCGGAAGCGCUGAUAGACCCUCAUGUGGCUGUAUGAUCUUGUUCCAAGUGAAUUUUUUCCGCAGAAGAAGCGCACGGACUGCUGUGUUUUCCUUUGUUGUUGUUGUGGCCGAGCUGAAAUGAUACUACGCCAUGAUGGGGCAUGGGUAGCUUGGAAAGGUGGUAAGUAAUGGUUUGUUGAAUGGUAGCUCACUUCCAAGUGCCUCGUGCGGUCCUGCCUAGAGCAGCAUGUCGUAGAUGCACGUGCCGGAAGUCGCUCGGUGGUUGGUCAUGAAUGCUUCGGCGAAGCUUGCCUGUUCGGCAGCGAGCUUAGCUCUUGCAGUUUGCGUGCCGAUGAUGUGUUCUUUGUAACCGUGAGUUGGUGAACUACUUCUAUUGGAUUAUGGUUCUUGGGUGGGGGGGGGUGCCCGUGUGUGUGGCAAUUUUUGGCGCUGGUGCUGCGAAGAUGACUGGAAACUGUUCCACACUUGACGGUUGUUUGUCGCGAUGGCGAGCCGGUGUAGCAGCAGCCGUAGUAGAAGAAUGGCACCCGCGUGUCGUUGAAAACAAAGAUGUCCAUCGCGCGUCGGCAAUGAAACGAGAGCUGUUGCCGCCUGUGGGUGCAUCCAACUACAUGGAUGGGUGACGGAUGUUGCCACAGCAGGUGUGCUUGUGUGGUUGUGCCGUCGGAGUGAUGUCUGCGAGGAAGGUCCCUCCUUUUUGGCCCCGAAACGAACGGCGGUGUGGUCUGUGUGACGGGGCGCAUCUUUGGCACAAAGUUUUUAAAGUUUAAUUCGGAUCAUGU